AUGGGCUCUGCAUGGGCUAGCUCUGCAUUCUCUCCUGCCAUCUCAGACGUUGAUAAGCAGUAUCGAAUCUCCAAGGAAGUUGGAACCCUCGGCGUUUCUUUAUUCUUGUUUGGAGUCGGACUAGGUCCUCUCUUAUGGGCCCCCUGUUCGGAAGUUUAUGGACGCAAAGUCGCGGUUUUAGCUCCAUACGCGAUUGCUGUCGCACUUUCAUUUGCCACAGCCGUCUCGAAAGAUAUUCAGUCUAUCAUGAUUACUCGUUUCUUCACCGGGUUUUUUGGUUCCGCCCCUAUUACAAAUGUGGGUGGUGUUCUGGCCGAUAUUUGGAGUUCACAGAGCCGCGCUAUUGCAGUGACAGUGUAUGCACUCACCCUAGUGUCUGGGACAGUGAUUGCACCAAUUGUGGGUGGAGCGAUUGAAGUCACAAAUCUUGAUUGGAGGUGGACUGAAUAUAUUACUGGAAUAAUUAUGGCCCUCUCAUUAAUAUUAGGGGCCAUCUUCUUGGACGAAAGUUAUCCACCUGUGCUGUUGGUCUACAAGAGCCGCCAACUUCGUCUACGGUCCGGAAAUUGGGCACUUCACGCCCAACAUGAAGAAUGGGAUGUCACUUUAAGCGAGCUAUCAAGCAAACAUCUGGCACGACCAUUUCAGUUGUUAAUGACGCCAAUAUGUUUUGCUAUCGCUCUAUACGCCUCUUUUGUCUAUGGGGUUCUCUAUCUCAGUUUGGCUUCAUUCCCGAUCGAGUUCCAAGAGCUCCGCGGUUGGAAUCCGCUAGUCGGGGCUUUGCCAUUUCUAGGUCUUCUUUUCGGGUUCUUCCUUGGUGCCGCAGUUAAUAUAACCAACCAGAGAUUUUACAGUCAACGAUUCCAAGCGAACAACAAUCGUCCCGUUCCCGAAGCCCGACUCCCACCUAUGAUGAUUGGUUCAGUAUUUUUUGCUGCGGGCUUGUUUAUAUUGGGUUGGACUACCAGCAUGUCAUUGAAUUUCGAAAUGUUUUCACCUCUGAUUGUCAAAGAAAUGUAG